AUGUCUGUCGUUCAAAAGUUUUUGGCAGGCCUGACCCCGCCCCAGGUCGUCGUUCCAGAGGAAUACGACGGCUGGCAGCUGCGCUGGAGUAUCUUCGUCUUCAGGCCAGCGCUCCUCAAACUCGAAGGGUUGUCUGCGCACCUUCCCCUUUACGGACAGCAGUUCUCGAAGCCUCAGUCUGCAAAGGGUCUAGUAGCCGACGGAUAUUCCGACUUUUUCAACUUCUCCACAGGUCGCCGCAAUAUCGCCUCCUUGCACACUAUCUUCACCCUUCGGCCACGUCACGACGUAUUCCAGAUCGCGUAUCAGACGGCCAAGUCCCUCAUUGACCUCCACUAUCACCCCGUCGAUGACCUGCAACUUGACUUUAAACUUGCACCUGGUGCACUUCCGUACGACUUUGUAUGGGCUGUUGUUGCAAAGGACGAACUUCUCUCCGUGAAGGACAACCGAUGGGAUCUGAACUACACAAAAACGACAGAAAACCCCGCAUUGCCUCCUAACUUUUCGGUUAUGUCCGAAUUUGCGGAUGUGACGGAGAACAUGUUGAAACCUCUUGGAGGCUUCUCCCUCGCUCAGGUGCUGCAAGACCCUAAAAUUCAACCCUACUUCCGCUCCUUAUCUGUCACCGAUCAACCACGAGAACGACCCUUGAAGCCCUUGGCUCCAGAAGAACAUGAGAAACACGUCAUCUUGAGCCUGCGCCUCCCCUCUCCCAGUCACGCCGCAGACACGGUCCCUCUGGUCUCAGCCGCUUUCCAACUCAUUGAUAACCUCAACAAAAUCAAUCUCCGUCCUGAGACCAAGGUUAAACUCAAGAAGGUCAGAGAAGAGACCGAUAAGAAACUCAAAGAGGAGGCUGAGCGGGAAAAGCGCGAGGAGGAAGCCGAGGCUAAAGCUGCUGCCAAGCGGAAGGCGCAAGAGGAGCGCAUGUCCAAGCUCAGUGCAGCGGAUCAGCGCAAGGAAUUGGAACGCGAACGCAAGCGCAACAUCCGGAAGCAACAGGGGAAGGUCGUUCGCAAGUAA